AUGGCGAAACGACCCGCAGACUCGGAGCAAGAGCAGGAGGCAAUCAAAAAUGGAGAGCGUCCCAUGGAGAUUGACCAGCACAACGACGUGGGCGACUUCGAGGACGAAUUCGAGGAUGAGUUUGAGAGCGAGGACGAGAUCCUAGAGGCCGGCGUAGACGGACGGCCGGACGAGGAGCGCGAAGCAGAAGAGCGCGAGAGUGGUAUGGAUGUUGACCAAGAUACCUUCAUUCCUGGCCGACACAAGCUCUCCCCAGGCGAGACACUGAACCCCGAUCUUUCGACGUAUGAGAUGCUCCAUGCGCUCGAAGCCCCAUGGCCCUGUCUAUCAUGCGACAUCGUACCCGACAACCUAGGCGUAGACCGCAAAACAUACCCCGCAACCGUCUACUCGGUCGCUGGCACACAAGCAGCGCGAGGAAGGGACAAAGAGAACCAGAUCAUGGUCAUGAAGAUGAGCAGCCUGUCGCGCAUGGAGAAGGACGACGACGACGACGACGACGAGGAUUCAGACGACGAGGCUUCAGACCCCAUCCUCGAGACCAAGUCGAUACCCUUGACCAGCUGCACCAACCGCAUACGCGCCCACCAAACACCACAAGCAACAUCUGCACAGCCUCCCACAACCCUGACUGCUGCCAUGACCGAGUCAGGACAGGUUCUGAUCCACGACGUUACUCCCCACCUCACAGCCUUCGAUACCCCAGGUACUACCAUUUCGCCCACACAAAACAAGCCUGUCUGCACGAUUCGCGCACAUGGAUCCAACGAGGGUUACGCGCUAGAUUGGUCGCCAAUCAUACCAGAGGGCAAACUCUUGACGGGCGACUGUACUGGAAAGAUCUUUGCGACGACACGGACACAGGGUGGAGGUUUCGUCACAGACACCACACCGUAUACCGGCCAUAGCGGCUCGGUAGAGGAGCUCCAGUGGUCACCAACUGAGAAACAUGUCUUCUCCUCCGCGUCAAGCGAUGGCACAGUCAAGAUCUGGGACGCGCGGUCAAAGUCACGGAAACCCGUACUCAGUGUGCAAGCCUCAAAGACAGACGUCAACGUACUGAGUUGGUCGCAUCAAACUGCACAUCUUCUCGCUACCGGCGCGGAUGAUGGCGAGUGGGCAGUUUGGGACCUGCGGCAAUGGAAGCCCUCUACAGACAUGUCAAACGACAAGAAGCCUUCGCCAGUUGCAUCGUACACUUUCCACAAGGAGCAAAUCACCUCGGUCGAGUGGCAUCCUACAGACGACAGUAUUGUGCUUGUUUGCGCUGGUGACAACACCCUUACUCUGUGGGAUCUAGCUGUUGAGCUCGACGAUGAAGAGAGCAAGUACACAGCUGGCGUGCAGGAUGUGCCACCGCAACUACUAUUCGUGCACUACAUGGAGCAGAUCAAGGAGGCGCAUUGGCAUCCGCAAAUCCCGGGCGCCAUCAUGGCCACAGGAGGAUCUGGAUUUAACGUCUUCAAAACAAUCACACGUCGCCCUGUCACAUAUUCUAUUGCCUUUGUCAACUUUUCUAUGCAGGCGUCUCAUACUCAGGACGAAAUGGCACAGGUUGAAAACAGUAAGGGCACGACCUUGCAUCAUAAUUCGACUCCUCAUGAUCAGCUCACUAUACAACACCCAUCUCCUCUCUCAUACAAAUCAUCCGUGCCACAUCUUCAAUCUCCCUUUUCGACAGAAGCGUCACAUGUCCUGCACUCCAGUAACAUUGAAAAAUCUUUCAACUUCAACCACCCCUCGUCACAACCAGCGCGCAUGGCAGAUAUUUCAUAUCCCGAGUCUUACCUCCGCACUCCUAUAUAUGCGUUGCCCUUUCUACAUCCGAAAUGGCACGCCAAAACUGAUACAGAAGAGUUUUAUGAAGUUACACGUCCAGUUUGGGAGGAGUAUGAUGCUGAGGCGCAUUACGUGAACAGUAUGGAGGAGGUCAAGGAGAGUGUAGAAGGCUGUAAUGAUGUUGUAAGUAUCGAAGGAAUGAGUCGGAAGGACGGCUGGAGAAAGACGAAGAGGAGUCUGGAUAACAUUGAUGGCGCAGAUGAUGACGAUAUCAAGAGAAAGAGGUUCAGGGAUGCAUAA